AUGUACGUCGGCGGCCCGUCUCAGUCACAGAGACUGGAGACGAACCAAAGAACCUGUAUAUGGCUGAUCCACUCAAUGCCCCGCUCCCGAUUCCGCCACCAAAUUGGUCAAUCCGGUGCCGAUUACACGGUCGGAUGCGAAACUCCGAUGAAGAACUAUCAAUUGAUGUUUCAGAACGUCAGUUUGUCAAACUGCCAGCUCAACGAGUUUUCUCCAAGGUUUGAGCUGCCAUUUUAG